ACUGGUUUCAAUAAAACUUGACAAAUACCUACAGGUACCAAUGUAUGGUCUUGGUGCUAACGUACAUAACGUAUAUGACGUUUCAUCUCACACGCAAACCGAUAUCAGUAGUAAAAAGCGUACUGCACCGAAACUGCAGCGAAUUGCCCCCACCGGUGCCCCCAUACGACCCAAAAGAUGACCAGUGGUGCAAUUGGGCUCCAUUCAAUACGGACGACGCGAACACAUUGCUGGGCAUGUUGGAUUCUGCAUUUCUGUUCUCUUACGCCGGCGCCAUGUUUGUUUCCGGUAUGGUGGCAGAGCGUGUGGACCUCCGUUACUUCCUUUCUUUGGGCAUGAUGGUGUCGGCCGUCUUCUGUUAUCUCUUCGGACUCGGAUACACUCUCGGGAUACAUUCUAUAGCUUACUACCUCUUGGUGCAGGCUGGUGCAGGCCUGGCCCAGACCACCGGCUGGCCCGGAACGGUGACAGUCGUAAGUCGGUGGUUCGGCAAAGCAAAGAAGGGCCUCAUCUUUGGCAUUUGGAACUCGCAUACCUCUCUCGGGAAUAUUCUUGGUACAUUGAUGGCAGCAGCAUUCGUUGAACGCGACUGGUCUCUUUCGUUUAUGUACCCUGCACUCGUGAUGGGCAUUGCCGGGUGCCUCGUAUGGCUGCUGCUUCCACCAGAGCCCAGAGUAUUGGGCCUCGUACUGCCCGAGCAACAGGUAACUGCGGAACCAGCCAGUCACUGCCGGAGAAAUGCCAAGAGAAUCAAACAGCGCAAGCAACAAGUCGAAAUCAACGGUGUUGAAGGCACUGCUGAAGUCCAACAGAGUAAGGACGGAGUGAGGAUAUCAAUGAGCGGAAUGAUCAUAUUACGACUAAUGCUAUCACAACCAACGGCAUUCGAUGAGAUGGAGAGAAUGUUCCUCUUGACAUCACCAACAGUGAACUGGCUGAGUUCAAAAGAAGGAAUAUUAGGUAAUGGCAAUUCAGAAAGAAAUUGCAGAGUAUCUGACUUAACCUUGUUAUCAAUAGAAGAAGAAGAGGAGAA